AUGGAAAAGGUUGAGAUUGAAGAAAGAGGGGAUUUAAAAGUCCACGGAGCUCCCGGUCAUUCCAUGGCAGUUCAUAAGGACUUCGGUAAAUUAGUGAUAGCCAAGAAAUCGUCGGAUAAAACGAUUAUUGAUGAUGUGAUAGAACAGUAUAAUAUUUUACCAGGAUGGAUGUUUGUUCUCGAGAAGGUGAUCUGUCCCAGAAAUGGUGGAAUCGAGUGUGUGAUAUUUGUUGGAGAGCAUAUUCUUUCAACUCAUUUGAACGGUUCUGUCACAAUAGCCAAUCCACAUAACGACAUCAUUAAAAGAACCCAACUGUGUGCGACACCUCUAUGGUCUGCUUGUGCUAUCGAUGAGCAUAAUGCUGCUAUAGUGACUCAUUCUGCUAACUUAUACUGCUUCAAUCUUGAGGAAAACAUCAUUAAAUCAACUCUAAACUUGGGUGUGGGAAACCGGUUAUUCUCUGUGGCUACACGGAAAUCAAUGUUUGCUAUUGGAGCAAGCGAUUCGUUAUUCAUUGUAGAUGGUGAUAGAAUCAAAUUCAAUAAAGCUGUGCCAAGAAAGGAAAAACGAUUACCCACUAUUGUUUGGUCUGUUAUUUUCAUAAAAGAUGAUGUUGUUGCGAGUGGUGAUUCUCGUGGGAUCGUUACUUUCUGGAACACGAGUAAUGGGGUCGCCAUUAAGAGCGUAGAGUCUCAUCAAGCAGAUAUACUUUCUCUUUGCUCUGUAGAUGGUGUACUAUGGGCUGCAGGAGUUGAUCCUAGAAUUAUGAGCUUUAAGGAAGUUAGUACCAAUAAUUAUCAAGUAGUUAAAAAAAUAAAUGGACCCGUACGAGACGUUAAGGCUUUAGUUAAUUACGAAGGAAGGAUUUAUGCCUCUGGGGAUGAUCACAACAUUUAUGUUGGAGAAAAUGGAUGCCAAAUCGUGAGAAAGCAAUGGAAUAAAGAAGUUCUGUUAGCGACAGGCUUAUCUGUGAUAAGAGGCAAUAAUUAUAUCGAUCUAUAUACUUCUGGUAAAGGAGAGAAACAUGUGGAAGGCAAAGAUGAAAUCAAUGUUGCUGUGCAGCCACUGUACUUGGCUAGAAUAUACAGUCCCUCCAAACUUCCGAUUACAGCCUGUGAUGUUUCGGUUGAUGGUACUCUCAUAGCCAUCUCCUCCUCAGAAUCAACUUCUUUCUAUAAGAUUAAUCUUAAAAAGAAGUUGAAGCCUAUAACUAAACUUGGCAUACAAAGCCGACCAGCUAAUGCUAUCAAGAUUUUCAAAGAUUUCGCGUAUCUGGCCUAUGACGAUUUCGAAAUAAGUCGAGUACCCCUCGAUGGAACCGAUUCCACUGUUGUUGUAGAGCAAUCUGGUAGUGGAAUCGUUUGCCAAAUUGAUGCUUCAUCUUGUGGUAAACAUAUUGCCGUUUUGACAUCAAGAUCUCAGCUAUUCGCUAUUGAUGCUAUCAAAGGAGAGUCUCGAGCAGUACGUGCCGAACUACCUAUAGAUUUCUGCUUCAACGAUGCUGAUUCCUUGUUUGUCUUGACUGUUGCUCCUGGUUUUGAUAUUCCAGAAGAAAAGAAAAAGAUUCUCUUCGAGUUCCCCAAGGCCGGAGGAGCAGCUAAACGUUCAAUCUCAUCUGCUAGCUUGUUUGGAACGGUUGGCGUUCGACCCUUAUCCGUGUCUGCCGUCCCUGGAGACAGGGUUCUUGUUAGUGCUGUUGAUGGGCAAUGGGCUAUUAUUGAUAAGGCUCGCGGCCAAGUUCAAUUAUCAACAACCACAAGUAAAGAAUCAACAUCUAUACAAUUCAGGCCGUCAUCCAGAGUUUGUUGUUGUAGGAUAGAAGUUCCGAUUCCGGAAACUAAACCUUUUAAAUUGAAAAAGUUUGGUCACCAGUAA